CCAACGAUUCAUUAAAACAUCACUUAUGAAAACAACCUUAAUUAUAAUAAAAAUGGGUUAAACUAGGACAUUUUAUCUCCUGUUCGCCGCGGCCACGUUGACUAAGAUACAGCCGUUUGGAAGGGAGAUAAUGUAUUAACUGCCAAAUAAAAGGCUUAUUGACAAAAUGGACAUCAAUCAUGCAGCAAUGGAUAAUGAAGCAAUUAAUCGUUUCGAACAGUACUCAUUGGCAAAGGCUCCUAUUAAUAGGGGAAUUUCUUUGGAAAAAUGCCAAGAUGUUGACUCUGUCGCUUCUAAUAGUAGAAAAAGAGGACAAACUUCACGCCAAAAAGUCAUGUGCUGCUUUUGUUUUAAGACUACUAAAUAUAGACGAAAACAAUUCGUAAUCGGCUGCUUGACAAAUAGCAUAAUAUUCUCUGUAUUGCUGGCAUAUACUUUUCUGGGAUCAGUUAUAUUUUUAGCAAUUGAAGGCGGAGCGGAAGUACCAGCUCGACCUAAAAUAUUGCCAGAUAAACAAAAAAUAUCAUACGACGAAAAUGGCACUGGUAAAAGAAACGGAUCAGAGGAAGAUAAAGAUCAUAGCAACUUAACAAUUUCCGGAAACUAUUUUUGGGAAGCUAGAAACAAGGCGGUUGAGAAUAUUUGGGAAAUAACCGUGUCAUUGAAUAUACUGUACAGAGAAAAUUGGACUCGUUUAGCGGCACAAGAAAUUUUAAAGUUUCAAAAUGAAUUGAUGCAAAGGGUUACUACAGAAAUUUCUUCACAAUAUGGGGUUACCUAUAGGGAGAUGGCAUUGGGAGACUAUUCUUUAAGCGAGCUUAAUAAUCAUUAUGAAGAAUAUGACUGGAACUUAGCACUAGCCUUUUUUUACUCCUUGACCGUUCUGACGACAAUAGGAUAUGGAAACAUCGCUCCGCAGACAAUAUUGGGAAAAGGCGUUACCAUAAUCUACGGCUUGUUGGGAAUACCAUUAACUCUGGUUUAUUUAUCGAGUGUUGGAUCAUUACUAUCAAAAAUGGCAAGAAGUGUUUUUAGUAGAGCUCUAUGUUGCUGUCUCUGUUCUAAUUGUGGAUAUUGUUGUUACGACGAACGUAGAAUGGCAGAAAAGGAAAGACGCAUGAAAUUGAAAAGACAACACGAAGAAAUGAUUAAUAGUCAAAAUACAAGCAAAACACCUACGGAGGAAUGCUAUGUUCUAAAAACAGAUAGUCAAAAAGACUCUCCAAUAUCCCAAAGACCGACCACUAGUACGGCAAAAGACGACAUAAUUAGUUGGCCAGAUACUGACUCAAAAUUAUCAAUGCAUGGUUUGAGUAUAUUGGCUCCUGUUUUACUAUGUUUUUCGGCAAUUUUUAUUUAUAUAACACUGGGAGCGAUAGUUUUAUUUAAUUUAGAUAACAUGGGAAUCAUAGACGGGUUUUAUUUCUGUUUUAUGGCAUUAAGUACUAUUGGAUUCGGUAAUAUUAUUCCUGGAAUUAGAUAUACAGCUGUUAAUGGUAUUAGGUAUUACACAAUAAAUUCAACAGUCUUGUGGUUUUGCUCCGUCUACACUUUAACUGGCCUCGCCCUGACUGCUAUGUGUUUCGGUGUUAUACACGAUGAAAUAAUUUAUAGAAUAAAACAUCAACAGAAAGAGUGGUCACAAAAGAGCAAUAUUGUGAAUGAUGAGAUUAACAACAGUGAGGCUUAUUACAUGACUUCCUGACAUAAGGCCAAGACAGAAAAUUUGUACAGUAUAAUGGGAGAGAGUUCUACGAUAGAGCGUAGCAGGGCUGAAGUCGACAAUAGAGAAUUAGUUUUAAGUGUAGAUGAUAUGACAUUACCCAUUGAUGCAAGUGUAGAAUUUCCACCACCGCCGCUAGAGGAUGAAAUCGUUGCUAUCAUUACAAAAAGGGAACCUAAAGGGACUGUCGGCAAUAUGGUGGCAUAUAAUGCAUUGCCAGAAAUGCUCGAACUUGUCAAUACAUAAUUUUAUAAAUGUUUAAUGUCUAUUUUAACGUUUUUGUUUUUUUCUGUGACUUUUAUUGGUUUAAUGGCUGUGAGUGUAUUAGGUACAUUUUAUUGUAUUGUAUUGUACUCUUGAAUCCGACAUUAUAUUAUAUCCUUAUACCUUUUAUUUCAAAUUUCAUAGAAAAAAUAUUUGUAAUUAUGUAUUUGAAAAUAUUUGAUAUGUAUUUUUAAUAGGUGUUUAACAUCUUCUGUCUGAAACUAAUUGUCAACCAUUAAUAUCAAUCGUAGACUAAGGAUUUUCCUGUAAAUAAUAUACUGUUGUAAGGAUAUAAAUUUAUUAAAAAUAA